CUCUGAUGUAAACAGAGCAGACCUAAAACACGUGUGGAAGGAUUAUUUUCGUAGAUUUUUACUAAUUACAAACAAUGAGUACUUUUGGUUUACGGCAGCAGGCGAGGCUUCGCCGAGAAUACUUGUAUCGCAAAAGCAUUGAAGAGCGAAAUGCUGCCAUGCAACAAAGGAAAGAUAAGAUUAAAGGGGCAUUGCAAGAUGGGAAGGAGAUUCCAACUGCCCUGCAGAAAAAGGCCAUAGGACUAAUGCAUGCAGGCGACUGGGAUGACCCUGGUCCACAGUUAGCCGUUGAGCUUGGUGGGGAAGCUGCAGGGGGUACGACUAAUAUAGAUGACGAAUACAGAUGGGCAGGUGUAGAAGACCCUAAAAUUAUCAUCACUACAUCUCGAGACCCUUCAUCAAAGCUCAAACAAUUUGCAAAGGAAAUCAAGCUCUUGUUCCCCAACUCUCAGCGCAUGAACAGGGGCACAUAUGAGAGCAAGCAGCUGAUAGAGGCCUGUAGAAGUAAUAACGUCACUGAUUUCAUUGUUUUGCAUGAGACAAGGGGUAAUCCAGAUGCCAUGGUAAUAAGUCACCUUCCCAAUGGUCCAACAGCGUACUUCAACCUGACAGAUGUUGUGAUGCGUCAUGAUAUCCCGGACAUUGGAACAAUGUCUGAGCAAUAUCCCCAUCUAAUUUUCCAAAACUUCAAAUCAAAAUUGGGCCAAAGAACGCAGAAUAUUCUAAAGUACCUGUUUCCAGUACCGAAGGACGACAGCCAGCGUGUUGUCUCCUUUGUUAACUGGGAUGACUGGAUCUUGUUUAGACAGCAUACCUUCAGGAAAGUUGAUGGAGGCAAAGACUAUGAACUGCAGGAAAUUGGACCACGAUUCAGCAUGAAAUUGUACCGUAUCAUACUGGGGACUGUUGAUCAGGAAGGAGGUGCUGACACAGAAUUCAUUCUUCGCCCCUACUUGAACACAGCUCACAAACGCAAACUUCUGUCAGAUGAUGAUCCUUGGUAACAUCUGUGUUACUAGAGAUUAAUUGUAUCCCAUGAUGUGAUUCUAUAAUGGAAAAUGAAUUUGUUUAAAAAACAUA